AUGGCUAGCGAUACCAUCGAGGAGGAGCCAACGAAGUCUCCUCAAGUCAAUGUCGACCCUACAGCGAACGACCCUAAAGCUUACUUGAGCGAUCAGGACGAAGCAGGGAAGGUGGGUUCUUUCAGAAGCAGCAAGUCUGGAUGCCGUGUUACUGAUGUGUGCUCGACACAGUUUUUGCAAAACUACGAUGUGGCUUCGAUCACGGCUUCAGCAACAGACAGUGACUACAGCGAUAUCGUCCGCAAGCUGGACAGGCUCAUCUUACCGCUCCUUUUCAGCACCUACGCGCUUCAAUGUAUUGACAAAAGUUGUCUUGGAUAUGCCUCGGUCUUCACACUGAGUAAAGACCUGGGCCUCGUUGGCAAGCAAUAGUAAGCAAAUGGUAAUGAUCCAGACUUUCUGGGGUUGUAUACUCACACCUUAUCAAUCAGUUCAUGGCUAUCCUCGCUCUUUUAUUUCGGGUAUCUGGUCUUCGAGUAUCCGACGACACUGUUAUCUCAGAAAUUCCCAAUCGGUCGCUUCAUUGGCGUUGCCAUCGUGGUAAGCUUGAAUGCGGCAUCAUCAGCGUGAAAUCUCGCAUGUGCUAAUUCUUCACGCUAGCUCUGGGGUGGGAUCCUUAUUGCAACGGCAGGCGCUCGAAAUUUUGCUGGCAUGGCUGUUCUACGAUUCAUUUUGGGUGGCUUCGAAUCACUGAUUACCCCAACCUUCAUUCUCAUUGUGAGUCUCAACUCAAAGGUCUCUCACACAUAGAGCUUACCAUGGACAGAAUGGCAUGUAUUACACGAGGAAGGAGCAAGUCCUCAGAACCGGUGUCUGGGCCUGUGCGAACGGAUUCGGAUGUGAGUUUGUACUCGAGGGGGGGCAGUGUUCUUGGCUGUGGUAGCUAACUUGUUGAUAAGCAAUGAUCGGAGGUAUCGUCGCUUAUGGCAUGGGGCAGGUCAACGCAGGUGUUCCAGGUUGGAAGGCAUGUGACAGAAUUCAGGAUCGCUUUCUUACGAAAGAUACUAACACCUUCAUAGUGGAUCUUUAUUCUCAACGGUUCGUCAUUCCAGGCGACUUGAUCAUCAGGCCUUCGUUGCUAACACUUGUGCUUCACCGAUUUCAGGACUUAUAACCGUUGUUUGGGGUGAGUACACCAAUUCCGAACGUAUAUUCACAAUUAUACUGACAGUACUUAGGCAUACUCGUGUUCAUUUUCCUCCCAGCAUCGCCUAUGACGGCCAGGUUCUUGACUGAAAAGCAAAGGGUUCUCGCCGUUCACCGAAUUCGAAGCAACAAGACCGUGAGCUCAAUAAAAUGCUAGUUUCCUUUGACUUCCCCAAACUAAUAAUGUAACUAAAUAGGGAAUUUUGAAUCGACAGUUCAAAUGGAACCAAGUUCAAGAAGCCCUCAACCCGUUCAGAGACCCUCAAGGAUUGCUUUUAUUCUUGACGAUUUACUGCAAUGAAGUCCUGAAGUAAGGUCACUGUGCACACAUGUAUCCCUGCUUGUUCUAACAUAACUAUAGUGGCGGAUUUGGGGCUUUUGGCACUCUUACGAUCCAGAGCUUCGGUUUCGACUCUCUUCAGUCAACUCUCAUCUACAUUCCGCAGGGAUUUAUUAAUAUGGUGUGUAUUCUUUUUGGAGGUUGGCUCGCACAAAAGCUACCGAAUGCUCGUAUCUAUGUAUGCAUCGGCAUGCUGGUUCCUACCUUCAUUGGACUCCUCCUGCAGAUUGUGCUCCCGAGGUCAAAUGUAGCUGGACUACUUAUCGGAGGCAAGCCUUCAAAUCCACAUCUGCCCUUGGUCAAAACUAAUUUGCGUUUAUAG